ACGUGCCCGAGGCUGCGGACGGCGAGGCCCUGGUGCUGGAGGACGGCGAGGGAGGGGAGGUGGUGCUGCAGAUGCCGGGCGGAGAUGUCGAGGAGGAGGGGGAAGUGGUGCUCCAGGUACCAGAUGAGGAGGGUGGGAAGGGGAGCGGAGUGGUGCUUCAGAUGCCGCACGGCGAAGGUGCAGAGCAGGGCGAAGUGGUGCUGCAGAUGCCGGCCGGGAAGGCCGGCCGAGGCCUGGUGCUGCAAGAACACCAGGAUGCGCACGAGCUGGUGCUGCAGGAGAGCGACGGCGGUCAGUUGGUGCUGCAAGGCCCUACAGCAGAUCACCAGCUGGUGCUGGAGGUGCCCGAGGGCAGCGCCGGCCAAGAGCUAGUGCUGCAGGAGGAGGAUGGGCACCAGGUGGUGCUGCGCGUGCCGGAAGGGGCCGCCGGUCCCGAUGGUGUCAUUCGACUGCUGCAGGUCACCAACGAGGACGGCAGCAUAUCGUACAUUUCGACAGAGCACGCUGAUGACGGCUAUGCGGUGGAAGAGGCAACUGCAGAACAGAGUCACGCCUACUCGGAGCACACCCCGGCUCAGGGCCGUCAUGCGUUCCCUACGGAUCAGACCCAGGCAGAAGACGACCGUGUGCUCUCAGCACAAGAGUCUCCUCCAGAGCAGGGGCAUGCGUACGCAGUGGAAGCGACGCCUGCCCACGGCGCCUAUCCGGCCGAGGGUUCCACACGUGACGGGCAGCCCCUCCCGCUGACCGAGGAGGUGCACGGAGAGGACCACGGGUACCAGACGGGACAAGCUCCUGUCGAGGACGCGUCGCAGCCUGGGGGCGGUCAGCCUGGUCUCUUCUCCGGACCGGGAGCGGCGCCCGCAGAGGAGGAUCCGACCCCUGCUACGGAGGGGAAUCCUGCAGAGCAGCGCUCGGCGACCGUCGAGGUGGCGCCCGCGGAAGAGGUCGGGGCGUUCUCCGUGGAGGAGGCCAUGGAGCGGUUGAUGGCCGGGCAAGAGGAGUCGGAUUGGCAGGCGUCACAGCGGCAUGCCGCCACACGUACGACGGCGGCCACGGGGAGACAGGUGAGACGCCUGCUAGAGGCAUACUGGCGCUGA